AUGGCAGAACUAGGACUGUCCACGGAAGGCACCCUAGAUGAACUAAGAAACAGACUAAGUAAAUUUGUCUUCGAUAACCCGCAACGGUUCACAAAUAGGACGGAAGACGAAGGGACGAGCCAAGAAACAGAAGUAUCAUAUAGAAACGACCCUGCAACGGUCGCAAAAACAAUUAACCACAUGCGUAAAUGGGGAUGUCAAUUCGACGGAAAGGAUCCAAUUUCUUUCCUAGAACGAAUUGAAGAAUUACGAAGUAGUUACGAAUAUACCGAUGAACAAAUGCUGCAGGGCUUACCGGAAUUACUGCGCGGAAGUACCUUGCAUUGGUACAGGAACAACAAGAAAGCGUGGAAAGAAUGGAAUGAUUCCAUGAACGCAUUUCGGGAACAUUAUUUUCCAUAUAGAUACAAGAACCAAUUAAAAGUAGAAGUACAGAAACGACUGCAGAAAGCAAACGAACCAUUUAGGCAUUACGCCACAGAACUGGCGACGCUCAUGAGAAGAGCAGGUGAAUUUUCAAGAAGAGAUCAAAUAGAACAAACGUACGAAAACAUGUCGCCAGACUUAAAGCUGCACUGA